AUGCUUCAGCGGCCGCAGCGUGCUCCAUGCCGUAUUCUGCCCCCCGGCGUCGCGGUGCGUCUCCGGCGCGGGUCAGCCCCCGCCGCUUUGCCGUGCAGCUGCAGUCUGAACGUGGCGGCCCUCUUUCACGAGGGGCCGCCCUCGCCGCCGCUGCCGCUCUCUCGGUGUGAGCUUCACGAGCUCCUCUUGGCACUUCCGCAGCGUCUGCAGCACUCAGCAUGGCGUGUCUGCUACGACACGGAGCACGAUGGCUUCUCGCUGCAGAAUUUCUACCGUACGAUGAAGCAGGUCCGCGACGAGGGCGAGCACGGCAUAGGCAUCUUUGUGGUUAGUGGGGACCUGGCGGACUCAAAGUUGCCCACGCCCGCGGAGGAAAAUACUCCAGGGCCAACGAAUCGGAGAGGCGUCCCCGCCCCGCCGAAUUUUGUCGUGCUGGGCUGCUUCACGCCGGAGGUGCCAUGCCUGGAGCACUCCCAGCACGCCUUCUUCGGCACCCAGGACACGUUUGUCUUUACCUACGCGGAUGUCAGCCGCCACGCACCGGAGCAAGGGCGUGGGGGCCGGCAGAGUGCGGUGGGCGUGACGCCCGCACGUGCGGCACUUGGGGCGGGUCAAGUCGCUCUGAAUCGAAAAAUGGCAACGCCGCCGUCAACGUCGUCGGUGCAGUCGCUUGCGUCCUCAGCUGCGGCGCCCCACUUGCCCCACAUUUUGUCUGUUUACCCUUGGACGUUGGAGGAGGGAAAUAAGGAAUUUAUGGUGUGCACCAACAAUUUCUUUGGCAUCGGUGGUGGACCCGAUGGGGCGGCAAUAUUCGUCGAUGCGAGCCUCUCGCACGGGACCAGCAGCGUUUUCUGCGAAACCUUUGCGUCCCCCCCGUUGGGCGGAAGACUACGCGCGACGCUGCGGCACUCGGAGUUUACGGUGCUGCGAAUGAUAUGGUUCAAGGUAAAGGAUAGAAAAGGGACCUUCACCUGCAUGGAGCUUCCCAAGUCUGAGCCGUGCGACUGCGGAAGGCUGCUGGAGGUUGAUGAUGGGAAUUGCUCGGUACGCGUACGCCACCGUGGGCACACCCCUGCUUGGCACCGCUGCAAUGAAGACCAUCAUGCACUUCUCGCCAGAGUCGCUGGCCGCGGAGAGGGGGUGGAGGAGGAAAUAAACGCCACAAAAAAGAGCGAGGUAGACAUGUGUGUACAUAUGUGA